UUUGCGUUAGGGUUAUUGUAAUUAAGCUAGCUAACUGGUUAAUAAGCAUAAUUCCUGAAUUUAGCAUAAUCUACGUAACAUAUUCUGAGACAAACAGUUGAGCAAUUAAAGUAUUAGUUCCAAUGUCACUGGCUAUGUUGCUAAUCUCUACAUCCUUAUUCAUCCACUUUCGAUAAAGCGGAACAUUUUUCCAUCGUUAAGGCUUGUUAAUCUGAAGGUUGCCAGUGAACGGGAAUAAUUAAUAAUUGGUGGGUAGCCGAGAAGCAAUUUGUUUUAAUGAACAUAUGAAAGUUCAUCGAAAGUUGAUUCCAUAGCGGAAUAUAAAGAAAUAUAAUUUGUUAGAAUGCAAAGAUCGCAACAGCAUUUAUUUUAAGCUUCUGUAUCUUUGUUAAACAUACAGGUAAUUAUGGAAAAAAAUAAUUCAACGUUAUUGAUGAUUUCCUGUGCACUUCUGAUCCAAACAGGUGCAUGUUUAAAUUUAAAGUUCGCUUGUGAAUCAACACAGUUGGAAUUGAAUUGUCCAAGAAAUACCGUCGUCAAUAUAAGUACUGUUGAAUACGGUCGUUCGGGUUACUUAGCAACACAUGUAUGUCGUGGUAAGAACUGGCAACAAAAUUCAAAUUGCCAAGCACCAAAUUCUUUCAAAGUUGUUUCCGAGAGAUGUAAUGGUGGCCAGUCAUGCAUUGUUCCAGCUUCAAAUAGUCUCUUCGGAGAUCCGUGUCCUGGUGUGGAAAAAGUUUUACAAGUUAAGUACAGCUGCCUAAAGAGGGUUGUAGCAUGUGAAAAUAAAAAAGCACAUAUAGAAUGCCCACCUGGGACUGAGAUCGAGACUGCCUAUGCUAAUUUCGGUCGGCUGUCAUCAGAAGUUUGUCCGGGGUUAAACUCGAAUGCUACCACAUCGUGUCGAACAAUGUACUCGCGUUAUCGUGUGGGUAUUGAGUGUGACUAUUUCAGAAAAUGUUCAGUAGAUGCAACGGUUCGAAAGUUUGGUGGAGACUUGUGCCGCGGUGUUCCAAAAUAUUUGGAAAUUCAUUAUCACUGCAGGAAACUUCCUAUACGUGAGGUUGUGAGUUGCAAUGGUAAAUCACUCAACAUACAGUGUUAUAAUCAAAUCCACAUCGAUCACGCUGAAUUUGGUCGACUUUCACCCGAUUUCUGUCCAGGACUGAAUUCCACAGCAACGAAAACAUGUCAAACAAGCUCCGCCUUAAGUCGUGUUAAAUUAAAUUGUCAAGGAAGACCAGAUUGUUCCUUUCGUGUACCUACAGACUUGUUUGGUGAACCUUGUCCCGGUAUUCCUAAGUAUCUCUUAGUUCGUUAUUCUUGCGAAAGAACGCAAAAUGGCGGCUCACCUGCAAAAUAGAAAACAAUUUAUGGAACAGAUACGAGCAUCGUUAUUGAAUUUCCGCGCCCGAAGGCGUAGGAAAUUCUUUAAAACCGUCGUUUUUUCUUUCGGAGCAUUUUUUGAGAAAAAAUCGACCCUGGGAUUUCACGUUGGUCCGUCACAGAUGUAAACUUCGUACUCAAGCUCCUUAACUACUGAGAAGUCUAGUAUUGAUGCUUCAGGCCAAAAUUGGUAUUUGUUUUUCGACAAAAUUUGACACAGUUAACAAAAAAAGUAUGCUGAACAUAAUGGUGACAUAAUAAUUUUGAUUUUUGUCACCUAAAUGUCAUUUUAGGCCAAAAUUGGUCCAAAAAUAAGAACUACUUUAUUUUCAACAAAAUUUGGCACAGUAAACAAAUAAAGUAUGCUGAACAUGAUGGUGACAUCAAAAUUUUGAUUUCUUGUUACCUAAAUGUUAUUUUAGGCCAAAAUUGGUCUUAAAAUUAAAACUACUUUAUUUUUGACAAAUUUUGGCACAAUUAACAAAAAAAGUAUGCUGAACAUGAUGGUGACAUCAAAAUUUUGAUUUCUUCUUACCUAAAUGUCAUUUCAGGCCAAAAUUGGUCCAAAAAUUAAAACUACUUUAUUUUUAACAAAAUUUGGCACAGUAAACAAAUAAAGUAUGCUAAACAUGAUGGUGACAUCAAAAUUUUGAUUUCUUGUUACCUAAAUGUCAUUUUAGGCCAAAAUUGGUCCAAAAAUUAAAACUGCUUUAUUUUCGACAAAAAUUGACACAGUUAAUAAAAAAAGUAUGCUGAAAAUGAUGGUCACAUCAAAAUUUUGAUUUUUUGUCAACUAAUGCCGUUUAAGACCAUCAACGUUUCAAUCGCAAGACUUUCAACCAUGAAUGAUAGGCUGUAUUUUUUGUUAGCAAUUUCUUUUAAAAUGUGAGUUUAUUAUGA